AUGAACUCAACGGUGAACGGAUCCAGCGGGUCUUGGAGCUGCUUCGAUCAGCUAAAUUCCACUGCGUCAAAAAUUGGAGGAACUCUUACUCUCUGUCUGAUCUUUAUCGUUUCACAGGCUGCAAAUUCUCUCAUUGUUAUGAUCGUUUAUAAAACGCCGAACUUAAGAAAACCGAUAAAUUAUUUCAUCGCAAACAUGGCCUCAUCUGAUUUGCUGUAUCCAAUAUUCGUGAUACCUUGGAACCUGUCCGACUUGUACACCAACUCGUUUCUUAUCGGGGGAAAGCUUGGCCAGGCCUUGUGCAAGCUUGUCCCUUUCUUUGCUAAUGUUUCCUUGGUCGUUUCGAUUCAGAAUCUGAUUCUGAUAGCAGUGGAUCGAUUUGGAGCUGUGGUAUUUCCACUCCGUUCCCCACUCAUCAGAUCCAAACUGUGUCCCUGCUUCAUUCUCGCUACAUGGAUAGUUGCCGUAGCGGUCAAUUCGCCAUGCUUGUUCAUUUUCGAGCUCGUUGAAUACCCAGAGAGAGCCUGGUGUGUUGCUGAAUGGGAGAAAUUAUUCGGAGAGUCCUCAUCCGUUGCCAGUUUCGUACUAGCUACCUACAGUCUGGUUAUAUUCAUACCUACGCUGUUGCUAGCCAUUCUUUACUCCAUCAUUGUUAUCAAGCUCAAGACACAGCUACACCCAGGUGAACAGUCCUCCAACUCACAGCAAGAGCGGCACAGAAGAAACAGAAACGUGCUUCAAAUGUCCAUCGCUAUCGUAACAGUGUUUGUGCUUUGCUGCUUACCAGGCUCAAUCAACUCUUUAAUCACACGGUAUCAGGACACUUUCAGGCAUUUAUCGUGUAGUUUCUGGAUAUACUACACUGUAAUUUUCAGGGAGUUAUAAUAACUCCUCUAGUGGGGCUAAUUUAACUCCUUACAGUGGAGUUAUUUUUCGUGGAGUUAUUUUAACUUCAAAAAGGAGUUUAAAGAACUCUUUUUCAGGAGUAAAAGUGACCCCAGAUAUUGAGGAGUUAAAAUAACCCCAAAAAAGGAGUUAUCCUGUACCUAAAAUUUUUACUCCACUUUCAGAGUUGAAUUAACUCCAAAAAGAGUAAAAACAACCCCUGUAAGGAGUACAAGUAACCCCAUUUCGGAGUAAUUUUAACUCCAAGACUGGGAGUAAAAAGAACUCUUUUUCAGGAGUAAAAAUGACCCCAAAUUCGGAGUUAAAUUAGGAUUUAAAAUAACCCCAAAAAAGGGGUUAUCCUGUACCUAAAAUUUUUACUCCAUUUUUGGAGUUAUAAUAACUCCCUAAAAAUUACGGUGUAUAUAUUAUAUAUGUCAAUUAAUUUUAUGAAAUGUCAUUUUUUAUCAUAGAUAUUUUUCAUUAAAGAAAACCAGGGAGGAGCAGCGUGGAAGUCAACAGAAGUAAGUUUACUAUUUAUUUUAUUUCUUGUUUUCUUUUCACUCGCGUUAGAAAGGACUUCCGGUUUUUUUUUUUUUGUCCAAGGGGAACCGGUUCUAGUUUUGAAAGGUUCGAGUUUGCGCGGUAUCUUUCUCCUUUCAACGGCUCUCUUGGUGAGUGGAGAGGUUUUGAUCGGAGCGUGUGCGAAACGGGGACUAAUAUGAGCCGAGUUUGGCAAGAAAUUCUAUUUCCACGGUUUGCAAAGUGCCUGGGACAUCAUUAAGUCCGGGAAGGCUUAAAUGGGCGCUCGUUGCUCAAAGAACCGAGCUUCGGGCACAAUCCGAGAGACCAUCCGGUGGAUGGUGUAUAACGUCUCUGCCCAGCUCUGCACACCGUGAAGAAGUCUCCAGCAGGCAAUAAGGGGCAAAUUGGUUAGUUUGGACAUAAGAAAAGAGGGCCAGCGAAGUUUUUGUUUGUGAUUUUUGCCUUGCUGGAGACUUAUAAAUUGUGUUGUUAUUGCCAGGAUGUAAUGUGUCCCGCACGAGCUGAACACGGAUUUCCCAGAAUGCACUGCGAGAAAGGUUAAAAACAUGUUUAAUAUUUGACCAUUACAGUGAGACUGUUCUGUUGUUGUGUUUCAGUUUCUAUGACGGAGGUGCUGAUCUUUGAAUAAGCGAGCAACAACGGUGAGUAGCAGGCUUUUUGCCAGGAAAGGUUAUGUUACAAAGUCGUGAAAGUGUAGUUGAAAUCAAAGUCUGUGGUUUCGUACAGCGAAGGUUUAUUUUUGGUCAUGUGUCGAGCGACUCUGGAAAUUUACUGUGUCCAAAAAGAGCCGCCGUCCUACUGCACAGGCUGAAUUGUCGUUCAUUUUCAAUUUAUUGUUGGCAUUGCAAGCUAAAUGCUGAUCGGAUCGCGGAAGAGUAACUAUUUUUCCUCAAAGCAUGUUAAAGUUCCCGCGCUAUAGCACCGUGGCGACGACGAGCGCCGUUUAUGCUUGAUUGUCCGGAAUGUUCGGUACAACGUUUUUAAUCUGCUUUAUGCACCGGUACGGGCGAUUAUAAAACCAUGGCGGGAUGAAACUGAUCUAGGGAAAAUGAUGUAGAAGAGAUAUAUUACUUUUUAAACACGUGUUGAGGAAUUUUCUUUAAACAAGGUUUUCCUUUUGUCCUUUUCUUUCAGAUGUGGCCGUUGGUUUUACUCGCCCCAUCGGAGCUGGAAUAUUUACUCUCUGAAAUUUUUAUGUUAUCUGUGCUCUGCUGUGGUCAAACACGAAGAAAGCGAAGCGAAACGUCUUGUAAGAUAACGUUAAUGUAAAAGUAUUUGCUUGACCAGUGUUUAGUCUUCGAAAAUCGCCUGUAUUGAAACUACAUCUCUGUAUUUCUCACCUCCUGACCCGUCUUUUGAAAUUCAAUCCUAAGCUCAGUACGGCGAUGUAAUUGAUAUGUAACGCAACGUUAUUUGGUAUCCUGCCCAGAAGUCCCUCACACGUUAACCCUCAACAAACCGUACUUCUUGUUUGUAACCUUUAUCCUUAUUUAACCCUAAGCCUUGGCUCAACUUUAGCUAUCCACCCUAACCAGCUUAACGUAACACCCUUUUCCUGACAAGGCGAACGUUUAACUCAGUGGAUCAACUCAUGUGUUAUGACCAUUGAAAUCAGUUGAGACUGCUCGUCUAACCCUAACCCUCCAACCUAACCCUAACCUAUUCCUAACCCUAACCCCCAACCUCGACCUAAUCUGAUUUCUAACCUUAACCUAUCCCUAGUCCUUACCCUAACCUAACCCUAACCCCAACCUUAACCUUAACCCUAACCCUAACUCUUCCUCCCCCCCCCCCCUGCUCUUACAUUUAGUAGUAUACAGUAACGACUAAGUAAUAGGUGAUUUUCGAAGUUAGCCUCAAAAGGCUCUUAUGAAUUUUCUGUUUUUUGGAAAUUAAGAGGCUGUCCGCGUAAGAACCGAUAAGGCAAAUUUCGGUCCAUCACGGAUUUCCCUGAUUUUUUUAGUGGAAGAUAACUAUCCUAUCACAUGAAGAAAUAUCACAUUUAUUUGGACCAACUCAAGUUUUUGUCUAUUUUAGAGGAAGAUUUUCUCGGUCACCUAAAACUAGCCAGUUUGCCGUCGGACGUGGUGCGAUUUUGGUGAAACUUUAGGGCUCUGUCAAACCUACCUUACAUAGCCGAAUAAACUGAUUAUUUUACACACAAAAGUUUUAACUCUGAUUAAUAGUUUCAAGGUUUAAUGGUUGCAUUCUGUGGAAAGUUGGCUGAGAUAUGAUUUUUUUAAAAUGACCUUUAAUUUGCUCCGCAGGAAAGGUAAUUUGCAUAACUAGAUCUGAACGGUAAUUUCGCAAAAGUGGCACCUGACCCAGACUCAAGUCUAUGAUAAAUCAGAAGUACUAAGACCAGUCUACUUCUUAAUGCAAUAAAAUUUGUGGGCACUCUUCUGUGCGUGCCGUGCAAAGUUCCGUUAAUUUUCCAAAAUUCGCCAUUUUGACAUCAAAGCUGGAAUUGUAACGGUCCGCAUCUGAUCGACUAAUUUCCACAGCUUAAACGUUUCUAGUUAUCACUAAAUGUCAUUAGACCCUUUAAAUGUUGGACGUUUGAAAACAUCUGGAGAAAACUUAGUAAUCGCUUUUCCUUGGGUCUUUUUCUUGUCGACGAUGAACGUGACUUCAUUCUUUGUAUGCAAAUUAGCCUUAGUACGUUGUUUCAACCAAUUGACAGGAAAUAUAACCUUUCAUUUCACAUUUCUAAGGGGAAAAAUAACUCUCCUUUCCACAGAAAAACACAAACCAUGACUUAAAAUCCCAUUAAGGUCUGUUUUUUUUUUAACGAGGAAGAAGCAGCUGAGUAAUAUAUCAUGAGAUAUGUUUGCGUGGCUCAAAAUAAUUCAAUUAUUGUCGCCUGUCACGCAUUCCUAAAGAGGGGUGGUGGAUUAGAAAACAAUACCGUUGUGUUGAUCAAUUCUAUAAUAUUAUCAUCUUUUUUUAAAUGAUAGUUAUUGAUAAUAAAAAAUAAGAGUUCACUUGCAAGGUAAGUCCUCUUGUCAGCACACGAAAAAUUUUGGGCACUCUUUUUUGCGUGCCUUAAAAAAUAGCGUUAAAGUCGAAAGCUUUAGUAUGAUAUUUGCUUAUCAGGAGAAGAUAGAUCUUUGUACAUGGCACUAUAACAAAAAAAAAAAUGCCCCACACUUUUCCUAUCUUAAAUUAGCAGUAAAUUUCAGUUUCAUUCAAAGAUCUUUAAAGCGUUUAUCGUUAUCAGAAUGAAACGGGAAAAAUAGUGCCUUUUUUCAGUGAAUAAACGCAAAAGGGAGUAUCUUUUUAGUUUCUGUUAGGGUAUAACAUCCGAAUUCCAGCGAUGAUCUUGUUUUGGUUUCAAUCUGAUUGAAUUAUAACGCAACAGGUGCCAGUUUCAAAGAUUAUUAUGUCAAUAAAAUCGCCGAAGAGAUCAAUUGUGAAAAAUGGCUUUUUCGGCUAUUUCAUCAAGCAGUUCUUCCGCGAGAUUGUAGACAGAGUGAGGUCCCAGUAGGGGUGUGGAGGAAAAUGUGUUGGUCACAGAGUGCAUGGAUGAUAUUACGUCGCACUGAGCGAGCUGUCACUUGUCUAAGUGUAGCAAGUGUAGCAAAGACAAUGAAAAUGAACUCAUUUUAGCGAGAGUACGUAUUCGAGGCUUGGUUGGUAUUCGGAACUGAAAAUGACAAUCUGCCCAAGGCACAGACACUAAAUAGCCUGUGUACAGACCCCUCUCCCCUCAGGAAAAAUCGGAGAAGGGGCCCCUUCUCCGAGGAUGGGGGGGGGGUGUAGUGUGUACACAGGCUAACACUUAAAUGACAAUCUGCCCAGACACCUGCUUGGCAGGUUUUUGCGGGCGCCAAGGUCUUGUUAGGCUCUAUCGUAAGCCGCUGUUCUGGAAAAUGAAACCCAACGGACGGGGAGACGGCGGAAAUCGAGCCUAAGGUCUUGUCAAUACCCCGGUCACACUCUGAAUUAUACUGGCAAAAUAACUUCUGUGGCAGGAAGACAUGUCGUAAAUUUCCAGAUAUAGCCAGCGAAAUAAGUCAAAGUUUUGUUCCAUUACGUAAGUAUCAUUCUUUUUUAUUUUUCAUGCAAAAAAUUUUCUUAACGUACAGAGAUAUUCUAAUUUCUCUAUUUAACAUUUUAUCUUGCGAUGUUUUCUGAAGUUCGUUUCCAGUUUAUUUGAGCUUGCAAGAUAGUUUUUGUUAUUUCUAUUUUUUUGACAGCCGUGUAUCUUGCCCUAAUCAAUUCUUACCUUUAAAAUACUAUACAUACCGGUUAAUCCGUGUGUUGUAAAAGAUAGUUUUCUGAUGAUUGUUUGAAGAGCAUUAUAAAUGGGAAAAAAAGAACUUUCUACACGGAGUCAGGAUUCAACCUCAUCCCCAGGGCUUUCCCGCCCCUGCCAUUUUCUAAGAAGAAUGUCCUGGGGACGAGGCUAGGAGUGAUUGUGGUCGAGGUGUCGUUCACGUGUAUGAAAAGUAUUCCAUUCUUGCAAUAAAAACAAUUUUUUGGAACUUAAACAGUGUUUAAAACAUGUCUUUGGUUUUGUAAAAAUUAGUGAGACUUAAAAGUACCUUAGUGUUCAGCUCCUCCUGUCGCAAGAAACUUGAAAAAACUUGACGCCGAAGGGUCGAGAAGAGUACGAUUGAACAGUCAGCAACCAUGUCCACACAUUUGCCGGAGAGGUUUAUUGGACAAGAUUUCUCUGUUUUUCUUGUUUUGAUAACGUUUUCAUUAAGUCUUCAAAAAUGCCUCCAGAUUGGUGUUUUUUUUUUUUUGUAUUUAUACCCUUUUGAACAAUGUGCUCCAUCUCAUCUCUCCAUUUUUAACCUACUUUACCAUCCACGCUCUCUCCCCACUGUUCCACCUCUACUUUUACAAGCAUUUGUACUUAAGGGGGUGAAAUUUCUCCCGUGUAUAUUAAUUUCUGAAAAAUUAAGUCCGUCUACUUUUUCCUUAAAUUCUUAAACUUAGUUCUUUUUUCUUUAAGAACCGCCAAAGAUGCUGCUAAGGCUGCAAUAAGCGCACUGGCCCUUUUAUAUACUUCAUCUAGUGAAAUGCCCAUCCUUUCAUAUACCUUAAGCCUGAAAAAGAUACUCCUUUCGGGCGGAACCUCCCCGUAUAGGCCAUCAUAGUGAGUUCCCCCCACCCCCGUCCCAAUUCCGUGCUCACAUAUUCCCAGCCCAUGUUGGACUAAAAGGCCCGUUUGAGUCAACACGUAAACAUAGUCCUAAGUGUAUACAAGUUGAACUUGACCAUAGAGAUCUGUUGCAAGAAGACGAGGAGUUCGAAAGGGAAAACCUUGUUGCAGAAAUCGCUGAAGAAUUGAGACCACAACACCCUCAACCAGAAGCUUUCAAUCUAUGUGUAAUGUCAAAGGAAGAACAAUCUAGUCAUUUCAGCGUGGCAAUACUCAAAAAAUUAUGUGUCACUUUGAAAUACCAUUCAAAUCCAGGGAAAGAUCUUUCAUACAAGAUUGCACGUGCUUUUCUCCACCAGCUCAGGAGUGAACAUAGGGAUCCUUAAUUUAGGGUGAUUAACAGCCGGCAAAAACUUUUGGGAUUAAUUUGACAGGAGACGGACUGCAAACAAUAACUAUGCCUUUUUCUGCAUGCCAUUCCUCACUUUUACUGAAAUGUUGUUAAUUGGCGAUAAACACAAUGCUCUGUUAAUACCACCCUAAAGUUUGUAGGGUAGCCUAUAGUUAGCUAGGGAUCUAGGAAAUGUGGGGCCUAAAGGACUUUGCAGCUGUGGUCGUGUGGUGUCGCACGGUGUUUCUGAAGUUGUUUGCGAGCUAUUUCAAAAUAUUAAUUGUUAAUUCUGUAACUGAAAAUAUUGUGCUAGUGCUCGUGAAUAAGGGUGGUCGUGUCCAAGUGACUACUUUGUAGCUAAUUGUCGUGUAUUACUCCAUGCUGUCCAAACCCUAUCCUCACGGUGGCGCCCGGGGAUACUGACUCAGUUAAAACGGUCGUAGAAUGAAUAAAUACAACAGCACGGUAUUUCCCACCCAGCAAAGAAUCGGAAGUAACAGUGAUUAAAUUGUAUGAUUAUCAAUAACUAUCACUUCCAAAAAAAAUUUAAUCAGAUAAAAGAACCGUAUCGAUAUAUACACGGCCACUCUCUGGGAAUGCGUGACGGGCCAAAGUAAUUAAAUUAUUUAAUUCGCGUAAACAUAUCUUCUUCUACUGCUUCUUCCCUUAAAAGAAACAGACCUAAGGGGAUUCUAAGUCAUAUAUCGUUCGUGUUUUUCCGUGGAAAGAAGAGAUAUUUUUCCCUUAAAAAUGUGAAAUAUAAGCAGUUAUGUUUCCUGUCAAUUUGUUCAAACGACGCAUCUAUGGCUAAUUUGCAUACGGAGAAUGAAGUCGCGUUCUCGUCGACAAGGAAAAAAAACAAGAAAAAGCGAUUACCAAGUUUUCUCCUCAUGUUUUCAAAAGUCCAACAUUUAAAGGGUCUAAUGACAUUUGGUGAUAACUAGAAACGUUAAAACUGUGGAAAUUAGUCGAUCACUGAUGCGGACCGUUACAAUUCCCGCUUUGCUGUCAAAAUGGCGAAUUUUGUAACAUUAACGGAACUUUGUACACCGCGCAGAGAAGAGUGCCCACAAAUUUUAUUGCAUUAAGAAGUAGACUGGUCUUAGUACUUCUGAUUUAUCAUAGACUUGAGUCUGGGUCAGGUGCCACUUUUGCGAAAUUACCGUUCAGCUCUAGUUAUGCAAAUUACUUUUCCUGCGGAGCAAAUUAAAGGUCAUUUUAAAAAAAUCAUAUCUCAGCCAACUUUCCACAGAAUGCAACCAUUAAACCUUGAAGCUAUUAAUCAGAGUUAAAACUUUUGUGUGUAAAAUAAUCAGUUUAUUCGGCUAUGUAAGGUAGGUUUGACAGAGCCCUAAAGUUUCACCAAAAUCGCACCACGUCCGACGGCAAACUGGCUAGUUUUAGGUGACCGAGAAAAUCUUCCUCUAAAAUAGACAAAAACUUGAGUUGGUCCAAAUAAAUGUGAUAUUUCUUCAUGUGAUAGGAUAGUUAUCUUCCACUAAAAAAAUCAGGGAAAUCCGUGAUGGACCGAAAUUUGCCUUAUCGGUUCUUACGCGGACAGCCUCUUAAGCUGUUUAGGUUCUCAAACAUUCGAGGUUCUUAUUUUCUUAAGGAAAAAAGACUUUUUGGAAGAAUGUUGGUGGUUUUAAAUGUUUGUACAAAAUAUGCAUGUUGUUAUGUCUAAAUGACUGCAAUUUAAGCCAAUAGAAACUUUUUUUGCCAUUAGAAUGAUUAGUGGACUUUAAGAACUCCAUAGCGAUCUGUUUUAACAUUUCUACUUCAUCUGGUUCUUUCAAAAUCUUAGCCUGAAGAAUUCUGGUUCUUAUCUGUGCCUCUCCUCUGUGUUGCUAACCUGACAUAAUAAUGACUGACACGUGCAUGUUUCACUGUACAGCAUUUUUCAGAUGAAAUAAAAUACUGAUUUGGAUUGUUUUUGUUGUAUUCGGGGCAAUUAGAGACUUAGUGAAAACUAUAUAGAGUCACCGCUUAUGUGGCUAAAGCGUACUGUGCUAUCAACCCGAUUAUCUGUUUCAUGUUUAGCAGUAAUUACCAAAAAGCUCUUAAAAGACUCAUAAAAUGUUCUUUUGUACAGGCGUAG